UACAGAACUGAGCCUGCCGGGCACCCGUUCUCCUACGCGCAUGUGAGGCAGUGAGCUCGAGCUGUGUCUCAGCAGCAGUAGGAACAGAAGUACAAGAUGAAGAGUCGGUUUAGCACCAUAGAUAUCCGGGCUGUCAUCUCCGAGCUCAGUGACAGCCUGUUGGGGAUGAGAGUGAAUAAUGUGUAUGAUGUGGACACCAAGACCUAUCUCAUCCGACUGCAAAAACCUGAUGCUAAGGCUGUGCUCCUCGUGGAGUCCGGGAUCAGGAUUCACACCACAGAGUUUGAGUGGCCCAAGAACAUGAUGCCGUCUGGAUUUGCCAUGAAGUGCAGGAAACAUUUACGAUCCCGGCGACUGGUCAGUAUUAAGCAGCUCGGAGUGGACAGAAUCGUGGACUUCCAGUUUGGCUCAGAUGAAGCUGCUUAUCAUCUCAUUGUGGAGCUGUAUGACCGGGGUAACAUUGUCCUCACAGACCACGAGUAUCUCAUCCUGAACAUCCUCAGGUUUCGCACAGAUGAGGCCGAUGAUGUAAAGUUUGCAGUACGAGAACAUUACCCCGUGGAUAACGCCAAAGCCCGGGAACCUCUGCUCACUAUGGAGAGAUUGAAAGAAAUUUUGGAGAGUGCUCAAAAGGGAGAUCAAGUGAAGAGGAUCCUAAAUCCCCAUCUACCGUAUGGCGCCACCGUCAUAGAGCAUUGCCUGCUUGAAUCUGGUUUGUCCAGCAAUGUCAAGGUUGAGCAGCUGACAGGGGACACAGAUUUGGAGAAGGUGCAUUCAGCUUUAAGGAAGGCUGAGGAAUACAUGGACAAUACAGGGAGUUAUAAGGGAAAGGGCUACAUAAUACAGAAGAGAGAGAAAAAGCCGAGCCUGGAGCCGGAUAAACCUACUGAAGAAAUCCUCACGUAUGAAGAAUUUCACCCAUUUCUCUUCACGCAGUAUGUAAACUGCCCGUAUGUGGAAUUUGACACGUUUGAUAAGGCUGUGGAUGAGUUUUACUCCAAGCUGGAAGGCCAGAAGAUUGAUCUGAAAGCCUUACAACAGGAGAAACAAGCAUUGAAGAAAUUGGAUAAUGUCCGUAAAGACCAUGAGCAGCGGCUGGAGUCUCUAAACCUUGCUCAGGAAAUCGACAAAGCCAAAGGAGAACUCAUUGAAAUGAACCUAGACAUUGUGGAUCGUGCUGUUCAAGUUGUACGUAGCGCCUUGGCCAACCAGAUUGACUGGACAGAGAUUGGGGUCAUUGUGAAGGAGGCGCAGGCACAAGGAGACCCGGUGGCCCUUGCCAUCAAAGAGCUUAAACUGCAGACAAAUCAUAUUACUAUGCUGCUGAAAAACCCAUAUACACCCUCCGAAGAAGAGGAUGAGGAGGAGGAAGAAGAAAAACAGGAGAAGGAUGAGCCUAAAGGAAAGAAGAAAAAGGGCAAAAACAAACAGCAACCAAAGAAAGCACAGAAAAACAAACCCACGCUGGUGGAUGUAGACCUCAGCUUAUCUGCCUACGCAAAUGCCAAAAAAUAUUAUGACCACAAGCGACAUGCAGCAAAGAAAACACAGAAAACAGUGGAAGCGGCACAAAAGGCCUUCAAGUCAGCAGAAAAGAAAACCAAACAGACCCUGAAAGAGGUGCAGACGGUCAGCACUAUCCAGAAAGCCAGAAAGGUCUACUGGUUUGAGAAAUUCCUGUGGUUCAUAAGCUCUGAGAAUUACCUGGUCAUAGCUGGAAGAGACCAGCAGCAAAAUGAAAUGAUUGUGAAGAGAUACCUGCGGCCCGGUGACAUCUAUGUGCACGCUGACCUGCAUGGAGCCACCAGCUGCGUCAUCAAGAAUCCCACAGGUGAGCAAGUACCGCCCCGUACCCUGACUGAAGCUGGCACUAUGGCUGUGUGCUACAGCGCUGCAUGGGAUGCCCGGGUUAUUACUAGUGCCUGGUGGGUCCAUCAUAAUCAGGUGUCAAAGACGGCUCCAACAGGAGAGUACCUGACCACCGGCAGCUUCAUGAUCAGAGGAAAAAAAAAUUUCCUUCCACCUUCCUACCUUAUGAUGGGAUUUGGGUUUCUCUUUAAGGUGGAUGAGCCUUGUGUUUGGAGGCACAAAGGCGAGCGCAAAGUGAAAGUACAGGAUGAAGAUGUAGAAAGUGUAACCAGUAGUAAUACAGCGAUUGCUGACGAAGAUAAUGAACCAUUGGAAAAUCCAGAGGGCGACACUGACAGCAGCGACGAUGAGGAAGAGGAGAAGCCUCACAAGGACAAGGACGGAGCUCUGCCUGGGUCAGAGGAUAUUAAUGAUGCUUCCGGUCAUGGAGACAUCUCGGAGGAUGAACACUCAGAUGAAGAUAGUGAUGCUGGGAGCUCACAUUCUACUGAAGAGAUCACCGCGAAAGAAGAAGAGGACGUCUCCUUCCCCGAUACCUCAAUUGACUUAUCCCAUCUUCAAGCAAAGAGGACGCUGAACCGGGCAGCUGUAGCUCAGCCUGGAGACUCUGCAGUGGCGAAUGACAAGCCAGGUGGGCGAAAACAUUUAUCGGCUAAAGAGAGACGAGAAAUGAAGAAGAAAAAGAAGCCUGAUGAUCCUGAGGAAGACAAACCUGCAGAAAAUACAGAGAAAGCUGAGGUGUCAGUACCCCAGAGUGCGCCAUCAGGGGGCACAGUGCAGCAGCCAUUGAAGAGAGGACAAAAGAGUAAAAUGAAGAAGAUGAAAGAAAAGUACAAGGACCAGGACGAUGAAGAUCGAGAACUCAUCAUGCAGCUGCUGGGGUCUGCAGGGUCCAUAAAGGAAGAGAAGGUCAAGAAAGGAAAGAAAGGGAAAACAAAAGAAGAAACUGCAAAGAAACAACCGCAAAAGGGGAAACACGCUCUGGGGAAAAAAGGGGGGACCGACUCUACCGAGGUCUUUAUAACACAAGACUUACAAGAUAUGACAUUAGAAGAUCAGCAGGAUGACAAGGAUGAUGCAGAUCAAGACGCUCCAGGAUCAGAGGAAGCAGAAAAUCUAUUGGAUUCCCUGACCGGGCAGCCAGAUCCAGAGGACAUCCUCCUAUUCUCUGUGCCAGUCUGUGCCCCAUACACUGCCAUGACCAGUUAUAAGUACAAGGUAAAAUUAACUCCAGGGACCCAAAAGAAAGGAAAAGCUGCUAAAACAGCCCUGAACAGUUUCAUGCAUUCCAAGGAAGCGUCCAGCAGAGAGAAGGACUUGCUGCGAAGUGUGAAGGACACAGACCUAUCAAGAAACAUGCCAGGAAAAGUGAAAGUGUCUGCACCGAAUUUGCUAAGUGCAAAGAAGAAAUAACCUCAUCCUAGAUGAAUUUCAUAUGUAAAUAUGGAGCUAUAAAAAAUUUGCACCUAGAUAUUUUGGGUAGGGUGGAAAUGUUUUUACAAAACUGAUUGGCAGGUCUGUGUACCACAGUAGGGCCACAAUGUCAUGAUGCUGUAAAUUGUAAAAAAAAAUAAAAAAAUAUGAAA